AUGGAUGCCGCGACAGAGGCAACUUUACCCGCAGGUGUCUCUGCUGAUCCAAUCUUAUGUUCACGUCGUACAUUCUUGGCAAGCAUUAUGAUCUCAUCCAAAUUCUUGCAAGACCGCACUUUCAGCAAUCGUGCCUGGAGCAAGAUUUCUGGCUUGAAUGUCAAGGAGCUUGGCAUCGUCGAGAGACGUAUGCUCUCUGCAAUUGAAUUUGAUCUUUCAGUAGGCGAAUCUGAAUGGCAACUCUGGACU